UUCCUAUGUGAAUUCCAAAAAAGAAAGGAAAAGUGAAAAAUUAGUAUAAAAAAUGUCAACGAAAAACCCUAAUUUAUCUUCCAGCCGCUCUUAAGGCCUAUCUUAAACCCCUAUCCAUCUUUCUUCUUCUCCACAGCUUAGAGGCUUACCCCACGACCGGCCGUUGACCGACAGAGCAGCCGCCGUUAAUUCAACCGCUGCCUCCGUAACUGCACGACGCCAGCCUUCUGCUUUCUAUCGUAACAUCUGUUUAGCAAGACAAUAUUAAUUGAUGGCUCUUCGUUUUGAGAUUCUUGGGAAGUUCAAUCGUGCUCGGGCGGCUCGACUUACACUUCCUCACUUUGUAUGCCAGACGCCUCUAUUUAUGCCUGUGGGUACACAAGGUACAAUAAAAGGUUUAACGACCAGUCAGCUUGAGGACAUUGGAUGCCAAAUAAUUCUUGGAAACACAUAUCACUUGGCUCUCCGUCCCACAUCUGAGCUCAUUGAUGAGUUGGGAGGGCUCCAUAAAUUUAUGAAUUGGCCUAGGGGGUUGCUUACUGACUCUGGUGGCUUUCAAAUGGUCUCCUUAUUGCAUUUGGCUGACAUUACAGAGGAAGGUGUCACCUUUCAGUCACCGGUUGAUGGGAAACCCAUGCUACUCACUCCAGAAGAAUCAAUACAGAUACAAAACCGAAUAGGAGCUGAUAUUAUUAUGGCUCUUGAUGAUGUUGUGAAAACCACUAUUACAGGUCCACGGAUUGAAGAGGCUAUGUAUCGUACCCUUCGUUGGAUAGAUAGGUGCAUUGCAGCACACAAGAGACCCCAUGAUCAGAAUUUAUUCGGAAUUGUGCAAGGUGGCUUGGAUCCAGUCUUAAGGGAUAUAUGUGUCAAAGGCUUGGUAGAUCGUAAGUUGCCUGGCUAUGCGAUUGGUGGUCUUGCUGGAGGUGAAGAUAAAGAUUCAUUUUGGCGUGUUGUUGCCCAAUGUACAGCUUCAUUGCCUGAGAAUAAACCACGCUAUGUUAUGGGUGUUGGCUAUCCUCUAGACAUUGUAGUUUGCAGUGCAUUAGGUGCUGACAUGUAUGAUUGCGUCUACCCUACACGUACUGCUCGCUUUGGGACCGCUCUUGUGCCCCAGGGGGUUUUAAAACUUAAACACCAAGCAAUGGCUGAUGAUACCCGGCCAGUUGAUCCUACAUGUGAAUGCAUGGUAUGUAAAAAUUAUUCGAGAGCAUACAUUCACUGCCUUGUCACUAAAGAUGCAAUGGGAUCUCAACUUCUUUCUUACCACAAUUUAUUUUACAUGUUGAAGCUUAGCAGGGAUUUGCACUCGUCAAUUGUCAAUGGCCAGUUUCCAGAGUUUGUUUGCAACUUCCUCCAGAAAAUGGUAUUUCUCACAAAUUAUCUUAUAUGUCCUAUAUGCUUAUCUGUUUGUGUGUACUAUGGAAAAAUAGAACUCCUGUUAAUUUAUUUAAUUAGUAUUGUUUUAGUGUGUUUAUUCAUAUAUAAUGAAUUAUGUGCAAAUUGUGAUUGCCUUGGUAGAUUUAUGGCAUGUAAAAGCCCUAGGUUACAUCCCAAGGUAAGAACUUCCAUUCCAACUCAGUACAAAAUUUGGACCUGGAAUUAAAACCCCAGAAAUCGCUGUUAACGAAUUUAAGGAUCUUUGGUCCUUCAGUGAAACCCUAGAAGUUGUCUAAUCAUACCUCACUGCACUACCUUUUUUACCUGGAUACUAUAAUAAUCCCUUAUAUUCAUUGAAUAUGGUGCCUAUAGAAGGAAAACCACUAAUACGCUGUUAAACGGUUUAUUACGUACAUUGAUGGUGCCUAUUCAUGAUAGAAAUUUUUGCCAGAGAAAUCUGAAUCAGUUGCUUCAUUUCUUGUAGCUAUAUAUAAAGUUGAAAUAGACUAGUCAUAUGUCUUUUUGUUAUUUCCGUGGGGGUGAUUAGUGGAUGGAGUGGGAGUUAAUUCACAGCUCAGUUUAGUCCAGUAAGUUGGACCUAUGGGAAGGAUCACCGGAUUCAUAUCACCUUUGUCACUUUGAACAACGCCUCUGGUUCUCACUCCGACUUUCCCCACACCUUUGUUUCCAACAGAUUGGUGGUAGAGAUAGGAGGCUGCCCUCCUAAAAUUUUGAAAAUAUUUUUUCCUUAUGUACAUCUUAUAUAUGUUUAUUGAUAUAAAAAAAGUAGUUCACACAUUAUAUUUCUAGAUCUCAAUUGUAACAAUAUGUGAAUAUUGUUUCCCACUUCCCUAUUUAAGCUUAGUAACUUAAUUCUUUAUCAUAGUUCCAUUCAAUGCCAAAUUAAACUUGGAAACUAACAGAAGGGAUAGAUAAAACGUUUCGAGUUCAAACAUCAUUAGCUUUACAAGGGGUUAUUAGUGUUAUUUUGUUGGGUUUUUUUUUUUUUUAACUGCAUUUGCUGUGUCUAAUUUAUGAGUUUUAUACUAGUAUCUUGUUCCUAGUUGCUUGAAUUUAUAAAUUCUGAUUUUGUAGUUUCCGAAAGGCGAUGUUCCUAAGUGGGUUUGCAAUGCAAUGGAGGUAGCUGGUAUCGACAUAACAUCCUGUUGUAGUUCCUUCCCAUCGAUGUAUAUUGGCUCACUCUCAGUUACAAGUAGUGACAAGUAUUCUAGGAAGAACUCACUUAAAAAGGUACAUACUAAAGCUCUCAAUGAAGAGACAAAAGAAAAAGAAAUAGAAAUAUAGUGUGCGUGUGUUGGCCAAGCAGUAGAGUGGUUAAUGCCAAAGGCCAAAGGUCUUGGGUUUGAAUCCACAUUGGUGCGAUCUUUAAAUUUCUUUAUUAAGUAUUAAUUUAUCAAAAGAAAAGAGAGAGAGAGAGAGAGAAAUAUUCACAGCUCCAUAUAUUUUGUAGUCAAUAUGGUGCAAUUUUGUCUAGGGUUAAGUAUAUGUCAGGUUCAAGUGUAUUGUUGGGAACUGUUUUUAUAUUGUUAAACAUUAGUUUCAUUUUCGCAAAGCUAAUAUAUUCAAUGGUACUUCAGUUUACUAGUAUUUGAAUUUUAUGGAGAAAAGUGUGGUUUGGGUGAUCAA